AUGGCACAGGUACUUGCUCACAACAAGGACUUCCUAAGGAUCCAGGAGCUCAACGCGGAUGGCGAGCGGGAGCGCCGGUCGCUUUACGAGGACCAGCUGCAGGCUGUAGAGGAGGAGGAAUGCCUGGAAGGGUGCGCGCAGACGGUGGUGAUCACGGCGGCAGAGCCCACGAGCGCGGAGAAGACGCGCGAAGCGGCUGUGGGUGGGCGGCGGCAGACGCCGCCGCCGUGGUACACAAGUGCUCUGAUGCGGAAGGAGCGGCUGCGGUUCCACCAGGGGUCCGGGGAGAUGCAGUCGCUGCUGCGCGAUGUGCAGUUCCAGUGCCGCGGGACGAUCAUGGACGCGUUUGUCAACGACCCGCUGCGCAUCUACUUCAGCGGGCCGUGCUUCGACAGCGACAAGAACAGGCGGCUGGAGGCCGAGGUGGUGGAGGGGCCGGCGGUGGUGCGCGGGGUGGCGCUCGGUGACGGCGGGCAGGUGACGGUGCAGACCGUGACGACGAACUUCUCGGGGUUCUAUGUGCUCUUCUGGCUGUCUGUGGCGUUUGCGCUAGUGAAGGUGACGGCGGGGUACUACAUCAAGAACGACGGGAACAUCAUGCAGUCCGAGAUCGUGCACUACAUGACCACCGACCUGUGGCGCGUCGCAUGGUUCGACCUGCUGAUGUACCUGUGCACGUACUUCGUGUUUGGCGUACAGUGGAUGUGCCGGCGCGGGUGGCUGCGGUGGGCCGGCGCGGGAUGGUUGCUGACGUCUGUGUACGAGCUACUCUUCUUUGCUUACUUCACGUACGUCGCAGAACACACCAUGCGGUUCAAGUGGAUUUCCAAGAUAUUUCUGUUCCUGCACUCAUGUGUGCUGGUGAUGAAGAUGCAUUCCUAUGCCUUCUACAACGGCUAUCUGUGGCAGAUACUCGACGAGCUGCAGUUUUCACGAGAGUCGCUUGCCCUGUUGAAAGACCUGGACGAUGAGGUCGACGAAUCGGUGCUCCGCACGCUGGAGAAGAGCGAGAAGUUCUGCCAGUUCGAGCUGAAUUCGCAGUCCACGUCUGAGCUGUUCCCCUCGAACAUAACCUUGAGGAAUUAUUUCAUGUAUUCGAUGUUCCCCACCGUAGUGUACCAGAUUUCCUACCCGCGGACCGAUAGAAUAAGAUGGUCAUACUUUAUGGAGAAACUCGCAGCCAUUGCCGGGAUCAUCUUCAUCAUGAUGGUCGUCGCGCAGCUGCUCAUCUACCCGGUUACAAUUAAGGCUAUGAGCUUAAGGGAGCUAGGUAUGUCCUUCAGCGACCGCGCCAAACUGUGGCCCAAUCUGCUGAUCGAGGUGGUCCCUGGGUUCAUCAUCAUGUAUCUGUUGGUCUGGUAUUUGAUCUGGGACGCCAUCCUGAAUUGCAUCGCUGAAUUGACUAGGUUCGGAGAUCGUUAUUUCUAUGGCGACUGGUGGAAUUGCGUCAAUUGGGGUGACUUUUCAAGGCUGUGGAAUGUGCCCGUGCACAAGUUCCUGCUACGACAUGUGUACCAUAGCUCGUUGAGCGCGUUUUGCCUAAGCACCACGCAGGCUACCUUCAUGACAUUUAUUUUGAGCUCUCUAAUCCACGAACUUGCAAUGUACGUGAUUUUUGGGAAAUUACGUUUUUACCUGUUUCUGUUCCAAAUGGCACAGUUGCCGCUGAUGGCUUUGAACAACUCGAAGCUAUUGCACAAUAAGAAAGUUCUAUUAAACGUACUAUUCUGGUUAGGGAUAUGCACGGGACCCAGUGUGAUAUGUACGAUCUACCUGACAUUCUAG